AUGGCGAUCGCAUUGGCCAUGCCACUUGUGCUGCUGCUGCUGCUACUGCCAGUGGCUCGAGUCUCGGCUCAGGAGCGGCAGCAACCGCCGCGCCAGGUUGUGCGGCCUGGCUGCCGCGACAAGUGUGGCAACAUCACCAUCCCUUACCCCUUUGGCAUCGGCGCCGGUUGCUUCCGCGAUGAUGGCCGAGGUGGCUUCCAGCUCGAGUGCAAUGACUCCCGCUCAACGCCGCGGCUCACCGUGACAGGCUAUGGCAUGCGGAUCACCGGCCUGUCCGUCGCCACCAGCGAGGCCCGGGCCCACCUGAGGGCAACACGUAGAUGCUACGACAGCAGGGGGCGUCUCUUCACCUCGCCGGGGUCCUGCACAGGCGUGGCAUGCUGCCAGAGCGCGAUACCCCCCGCUGUCGACUACUACGAGCCGUUCCUGCUUGACUUCACGAAGGAGCACCGAGACAGAGACAUAGCCUUCUACAGCAACAAAACGACCUGCCGGUAUGUAUUCCUGGUGGAGACCAAGUGGUUAAGUACACGAUACACCGGUGACAGCGAGUACCUCAACUGGACCAAAGACUUCGCCGUGCCUGUCAUCCUCGACUGGGCGAUCCGGAACGUCGGCAACUGCAGCGCCGCCAGGCGCAACACAACUGAGUAUGCAUGCCAGAGCCCGCUCAGCGAUUGUAUCGACUCCGGGGAUGGCGCUGGGUACCGGUGCAGCUGCUCCAAGGGGUACGAAGGCAACCCCUAUCUACAAGACGGAUGCAGAGACAUCGACGAGUGUAAACGCAAAGAAGAGCAAUCAUGCUACGGCAUCUGCACAAAUACUUUGGGAAGCCACACUUGCCAAUGUCCUCCGGGGACUAGUGGAGAUGCUACGACAGAGAACGGUUGCCGGCCAAAGGACAAUUUCACAUUGGCCCUAAAAGUAGUAACAGGAGUGAGCGUUGGUGUGUUCUUGCCAUUUUUCAUGUCCUUCUGGCUCUACUUGGGGCUCCAGAAAAGGAGACUUAUCAGAAGAAAGCAUAAAUUCUUUGAGCUAAAUGGAGGCGUAUUCCUGCAGCAGCAGAUACGUAACUACAGUGACACCAGCAAAGGGGGUGGGGGCUUCAAGAUCUUCACCAAGGAAGAGCUCGAGAAAGCGACCAACAACUUCGCAGCCGGCCGUGUUCUUGGCCAUGGAGGGCACGGUAUUGUCUACAAGGGUGUCCUUGAGGACAAGACAGUGGUGGCGGUGAAGAAGUCAAAGACGACGGAAGAGGUCCCUACCAAGGAAUUCGCGAGGGAGAUGUUCAUCCUCUCCCAGAUCAACCACAAGAAUGUCGUCAAGCUGCUUGGAUGCUGCCUCGAAGUAGAAGUGCCAAUGUUGGUCUACGAGUUCGUCUCAAAUGGUACGCUCUACCACUACAUCCAUGGUAGUAGGGGCCUUGACUCUGAUACAGGCUUCAACACCUGCCUUCGAAUAGCUGUAGAGGCAGCCGAGGCACUGGCAUACAUGCAUUCUUCAGCCUCGCCACCGAUUCUCCAUGGAGACGUCAAGACGGCAAACAUUCUGUUGGAUGACAAGCUCACAGCAAAAGUUUCAGAUUUCGGAGCAUCAAAACUGGCACCAACUGAUGAGGCCAAGAUGGCAACAUUGGUGCAGGGAACUUGCGGUUACCUUGACCCAGAAUACCUAAUGACAUGCCGGCUGACUGAUAAGAGUGAUGUGUACAGCUUUGGCGUUGUCCUAUUGGAGCUUCUGACAAGGAAAAAGGCACUGUACUUCGACGGGCCGGAGGAAGAUAGAAGCCUUGUUUUAUGCUUCAUGAUGGCAGUGAAGGUAGGCCAACACCAAGACCUUCUGGACAGCCAAGUGAGGGACGAGAUGACAAUCAAAGCGCUCGAAGAGAUCACACACCUCGUUAUGAGAUGCUUGAACAUGAGUGGAGAGGAGCGGCCAACGAUGAAGGAGGUUGCAGAGAGGUUGGAGAUGCUGAGGAGAUACCACAACCACCCGUGGGCUCAAGCAGAUGCCAAUCCAGAGGAGGAACAAAGUUUGCUUGCUAUGGAACCACAUAAUGUGAAUUACAAGUUCACACAAGAUUGUGUCCUUGAUUUUGAAGCAAGCAGUACAUACAGCUAUAGCUUGUAG